AUGACAAGCCAAAACGAUUCUGGCUACGCCAUUUACAACAACACCCCUAACUUCCAUCCGGUGAACAGCAUUUAUGAAAACAGGUUGCGCCAGUUCAUUGACAAACAUGGACAGUACAAAGACUUUAAUGUGCCCAAGUUUUAUGACCAGGAAAGAAUCUGGAACACUGCGGGAGACGACACCUCCGCAGGAUUUGUCAACUUGGGAGUCUAUGCGGUGCCACACCUCGAUCGCCCGUUGUUCCGGGAUGUGGUUCCGCACGCAGAGUUCACGCCUGCGUCCAAAGGCCAAUCCUUUGGACCCAGCUGGAAGACGUUCUGGUUCCAGGUGGCCAUCUGCAUUCCCUCGAAAUGGAUCGAAGCGCAGCCAGAGGAAAUCCACUUUGAGUGGGAUUGUGGUAACGAAGGAUUAGCGUACAGCGAGGACGGCACUACUCUCAAGGCGUUCACUGGAGGUGAGCGCAUCGAGUUGGCGCUCCCAAAACACCUCUGGGUGAAGGAGCAGACCCACACGUUCUACAUCGAAGUAGCGUGCAACGGGAUGUUUGGAAACGGUAGGAAUGGAAGUGAUAUUGCCCCGCCUGACGAGAACAGAUGGUUCAGGUUGGCCACCGCAGACCUUGUUUUGCCAAACUUGGAAGCCAGACGUUUAGGGGUGGAUUUCUGGAUCUUGAGCGACGCCGCGAGAGAACUUCCGUCCGAUUCCUGGCAGAAGCACAAGGCCAGAACGGUUUGUAACCAGAUUAUGAACGCGUUCAACCCGGAAGAUGUGGCUUCAGUGGCUACUUGCCGCGAAAUCGCACAGGAAAUGUUGGGAAAAGACAUCAAUUCCGAUGCGGUGUACCACAACCACUUGAAGAACUCGCCCCAGGCAGUGGAGGUGGUGGGAAUUGGCAACUGCCACAUUGACACUGCCUGGUUGUGGCCGUUUGACGAGACCAAGCGCAAGGUGGUAAGAUCGUGGACCACGCAGCUUGCAAUUAUGGAAAAGUACCCGGAGUACAUCUUUGUGGCGUCGCAAGCACAGCAGUUCAAGUGGCUCAAGCAGUACCACCCGGAGACGUUUGACCGGGUCAAGCAGAAGUACCGCGAGCAGCAGUUCUUCCCCAUUGGGGGCUCCUGGGUAGAGCAUGAUACAAACAUCCCGAACGGGGAGUCUUUGGUGCGCCAGUUCCUCGUGGGUCAACGUUUCUUCUUGGAGAACUUUGGAUUCCAGUCUGACUGUUUCUGGCUCCCAGACACGUUUGGCUACUCGUCACAGAUUCCGCAGUUAUGCAGAUUGGCCAACAUCGACAAGUUCCUUACCCAGAAGUUGUCCUGGAACAACAUCAACAACUUCCCGAACACCACGUUCAACUGGAUCGCCUUGGAUGGCUCCCAGGUCUUGGUCCACAUGCCGCCUGCCAACACCUACACGGCGGAUGCCAACUUUGGCGACGUGAUGCGGUCCUUGCACAACCACAAAAACUUGGAAAACGACCACCAAGGCAUGUUGUUGUACGGGAAGGGCGAUGGUGGUGGCGGGCCAUCGGAGGAGAUGUUGGAGAAGUUGAGACGCUGCAGAGGGUUGAGCAACACUGUGGGAUUGGUUCCUACCGUUCAGGUAGGGGCCACCGUCGAUGACUUUUUCGCCUCUGUCUUGGAAAGGACCAACAACGGAAAGGAUUUGGUCGGCUGGAACGGUGAGUUGUACUUUGAGUUCCACAGAGGGACCUACACGUCGCAGGCUGAUAUCAAGAAGUUCAUGCGUUUGGGCGAGGUCAAACUCCACGAUUUGGAAUAUGUGGCCUCCUUUGCCUCGCUCCGGGGAUAUACCUAUCCCCGCAAAGAGCUUGAGGCAUUGUGGGAGGAUCUUUUGCUUUGUCAGUUCCAUGACGUCUUGCCAGGAAGCAGUAUCGAGGAUGUUUACAAGGACGCCAAGCCUAUGCUCAGAAACGUGAUUGACAGAUGCGAUGAGUUGCUCAAGAAGGCAUUGACGCAUAUUGGAGGAGGUAAGGGUGCAAAGCCUGCUAUAGAAGAUGUGACCUUUGUCAACACGUUGCCAUGGGCCAGAUCUGAAGUGGUUGAGUCCUCACCAGAAAAAGCCUUGGUGUACGUCGCCAGUGAUGAAAGCGGUUCUGUCAGCACUGCCCAAGCGGAUAGUAUUAAGUAUCCAGCUACGGUUUCUCGGACAUCCGGCAGUACUUUUGUUUUGGACAACCAGAGACUCCGGGCUACGCUUUCCAAUGGUAUCUUGGUCAGCUUAUACGAUCAGCUCAAUGACCGCGAGUUGAUUGACACUCAGACUGGGACAGAAGGUAAGGAUUUUGUCUCUGCUGAUUUAGUCGGUGGGAACCAAUUCGUCGUGUUCGAGGAUACCCCAUUGAGCUGGCAGGCAUGGGAUACAGAACUCUUUUCCUUAAUGAAGUACAAGCCGUUGGCAUAUCCUACCACUUUUGAAAUCUACGAUUCCGGCCCGUUGAGAUCCUCAGUCAAGGCUAGCUACAAGAUCAGCGAACACUCUUCCAUGGACGUUGUCAUUUCCUUGGAUGGUUUACAGUCGCUUGAGGGUGACUUGUCGUUCUUGCGCUUCCAUUGCGACGUGGAUUGGCAUGAAGAGUGCAAGUUCCUCAAGGUCCAGUUCCCAACCACCUUGAGGACCUCCCUUGAGGCUUCUUACGAAACGCAGUACGGGAUCACCCACAGACCAACCCACUGGAACACUUCCUGGGAUGUGGCAAAGUUCGAGGUUAUUAACCACAAAUUUGCAGAUUUAUCCGAGUUUAACUACGGCUGCUCUGUGGUGAACAACGGAAAGUACGGGUUCUCUAUUCACGGGAACGUCAUGAGACUUUCCUUGUUAAGAGCACCAAAGCAGCCAGAUGCCCAUGCCGAUAUGGGGAGACACGUAUUUGAGUACGGAAUCUACCCUCACAGAGGCGCCCUUGGCAUGGACACUGUGAAGUUGGGCUACAACUUCAACUACCGCAUGGACGAAACCUUGAUGCUUAGUGGGCCUAGGAUUACGGAAGCUGCUGGCUUAUUGAAUUCCAUUUCUUUGGAAAGCAGAGACCAGAGUUUGAUUUUGUCGCACGUCAAGAGAGCCGAGGAUGAUGCGGAUGUGACUACCCAUGACUUACCUUUGCAGUACGAGGGACACAAAUCGUUGAUUCUCCGCGUCUAUGAAGCUUUGGGUGGUUCCUCCCGUGGGAUUUUGAACAUCUCUGGUUUGAACGUAGCAAAGAUCGUAAAGACUAACCUCUUAGAGGAGGACCUCGAGGAAGUGACGGUUGAAUCUACGAAGGACGGUGCGACAGCAAAGAUCAGUUUGCGCGGUUUUGAAGUAGCCACAUACAGAGUUGUUUUGAAGUAG